UUUGGACUUUGGAUCCUUGUCUGGUCCGAUUGGGAAACCAUGAAGAAGUAGAAGUUGUGGUCUAAAGAAACCAGUUUUAACAGACACAUCAAUUUAUAGCUUUUGGGAGAGAGCAAGUUUGUUCCUUUAGUGUGCAAGUUUGGUUUUUAGAUAUGGGUUUUUUCAAGAAGUUGGCUGGUGUGUUUGGAUUUGGCCAAGAAGUGUUGAAAAAUGAGGAAGAUGAUAAUGAGAAUACAGGAAUCGAUGAUUCCGGGGACGGAGAUGAGCCGAGAUUCCGUGAAACCGGAUUACCAAGGAAAGGAUUUGGGGUUCCGGUUCAAGUCGCCGUCGAAAGGUCCAAUCUUGCUCCUCUUCUUCAGCCUUGCGCCGCCGGAGAUGGUGGUAUUCAGGGACUAAGAUGGUAUACGAAAAGGCUAAGGGUUGAUGAAGAUGGGGAUGUUGCAAAUGAGUUUUUGGAAGAGGGAGAGAAACUGACAGACGCAGAAGAUGAUCAUAACUGUAGUAAGACUAUGCCAAGACUCCAAAUUAAACGCAAAACGAAACCUGCAAAAGUAAGAGGACUGGUUGUGUCUCCUGAUGGGAAAUUCCAGCAAUGUAUUGAACAUCAAGGAAGUUUAUUUAUAGUAUGAAUGAUUUUGGAACACUGAAGAGGUUAGGACAGGUUUCUGUUUCAUCAGGAAACACAAGAUUUGAAUGUGUAAAAGAGGGAAGCAAAUAGAGUUGCAGACAUACUGGCGAGAAAGGGAAAUGAUCAGUUUCGCUCUGUUUGUGUCUUUGAACUAUAUUCCAAUUUGGUUUAUCGAGUCUGUACAAACUGAUUUGAUUCAUCUUAUUUCAUUUUUUGAUAAUGCAUUGAGAAUCAAUUCAAGGAUGAUUACUUA